GAGAGAGAGAGAGGGAGAGAGGGAGAGAGAGAGAGAGAGGGAGGGUGAGAGAAAAGAAGAGGGGGAAAAAAAGGAAAGAAGAUUUUCUCUAUGUAUAUAAAGAUGGCCACGUUAGCAAACGGACAACCAGACAAUACCAGCCUGAGUAGCAAUCACAGCAACCCCAGCACCAACGGGCAUAUGAACGGAUUAAACCAUAGUCCCGGAAACCCAUCCACCAUCCCAAUGAAGGACCACGAUGCCAUUAAGCUCUUUAUUGGGCAGAUCCCCCGUAACCUGGACGAGAAAGACCUCAAACCGCUCUUCGAGGAGUUCGGGAAGAUCUAUGAACUGACGGUGCUGAAGGACAGGUUCACUGGCAUGCACAAAGGCUGUGCCUUCCUAACAUACUGCGAAAGGGAGUCUGCUCUAAAGGCCCAGAGUGCACUGCAUGAACAGAAGACACUGCCAGGGAUGAACAGGCCAAUCCAGGUGAAACCAGCGGACAGCGAAAGCCGAGGAGAAGACAGAAAACUCUUUGUGGGCAUGCUCAAUAAGCAGCAGUCGGAAGAUGAUGUACGCAGGCUAUUCGAGGCGUUCGGCAACAUUGAGGAGUGCACAAUCCUUCGGGGACCCGAUGGCAACAGCAAAGGGUGUGCAUUUGUGAAAUACUCUUCACAUGCAGAGGCCCAAGCAGCCAUCAAUGCCUUGCAUGGCAGCCAGACAAUGCCGGGAGCCUCUUCAAGCCUGGUGGUGAAGUUUGCAGAUACAGACAAGGAGCGUACAAUGAGACGUAUGCAGCAGAUGGCGGGACAAAUGGGCAUGUUCAAUCCCAUGGCCAUCCAGUUUGGAGCAUAUGGUGCCUAUGCACAGGCACUGAUGCAGCAGCAAGCCGCAAUCAUGGCGUCGGUGGCGCAGGGUGGCUACCUGAACCCCAUGGCAGCCUUUGCUGCGGCCCAGAUGCAGCAGAUGGCAGCUCUGAACAUGAAUGGCCUGGCAGCUGCUCCCAUGACACCAACCUCAGGUGGAAGCACACCUCCCGGCAUAACUGCACCAGCUGUGCCUAGCAUCCCAUCUCCAAUUGGGGUGAAUGGUUUCACUGGCCUUCCGCCGCAGGCUAAUGGGCAGCCCGCCGCAGAAGCUGUGUUUGCUAAUGGCAUACACCCUUAUCCAGCACAGAGCCCUACUGCAGCAGACCCCUUGCAGCAAGCCUACGCUGGAGUGCAGCAGUACGCAGGUCCUGCUUAUCCUGCUGCUUAUGGCCAGAUUAGCCAAGCGUUCCCACAGCCACCUCCCAUGAUCCCACAGCAACAGAGAGAAGGACCAGAGGGCUGUAACCUGUUUAUCUACCAUCUGCCCCAGGAGUUUGGGGAUGCUGAGCUGAUGCAGAUGUUCCUGCCUUUCGGUAAUGUCAUCUCCUCGAAAGUGUUUGUGGAUCGGGCGACAAACCAAAGUAAAUGCUUUGGUUUUGUGAGUUUUGACAAUCCUGCCAGUGCCCAAGCUGCUAUCCAGGCUAUGAAUGGCUUCCAGAUUGGCAUGAAGAGGCUGAAGGUGCAGCUGAAGAGGCCAAAGGAUGCUAAUCGUCCCUACUGAAGAGUUGUGGGAACCACUGGAUACAAAGCACUAGCACAGAAAAAGAGGUGGAAGGAUGCUUAACGAGGGAUGAACCAAGUUCCCCACCACAGGGGCAUCCUGCAUCUCUAGAAAGUCUUCCUGGUCACUAGAGGAGAGCCAGCAGCUGUCCUGAUUACCCUUGUUCAGCCAAAGACAGCAUUUCUGGUGGCUGAAGAAAAUCUGCAAUUAAGAGAUGGGACGGGGCUGCAGUUUAAUCCCAGGUGAUUGGACUGGGACAGUGUCUGUCUCAAUAACUCUGUCUUGCAAAUGUUUCAAAACAUUCUUCAUUCUUCAUGCGGUAUAGUCUGUAUCCAAUUUCAUCCCAGCAUAAUAACUUUAUGUAAAUAUGUCUCCCUGAUAACUAAAUAACCAUUAAUUUCUUUCUUCCCAAUCCCAAGAAAUUAAUAGAAGGAUCCAUGCUCACUUCUUGCUCUGUUACUGUUAACUUCUGUGUGUAGAUAAAACCCAACCAACAUCAAGGAAGCUCUUCUUGAGUGAGGACCUAAACAAAUCUUAACAAAGGUCUCAUUGUUAGACUCAUAUACUUCAUGUUGUCUGGGAAGGAGACAGCUUAAUGCUCCAAGGGAACUUCUGAUAUGUGUAACAGUGUGGAAAAUGUUAUAAAAUGCAGCUUGUUUCACUGGAAUCCCAGCCUAUCACCAGUAACAAAAAUGGAGAUGUUUCCAAAAAUGGAAAUAUUUUCCAUCACUGGCUGGAUUUUCCAUUAGAUAGUUCUUUGACAAAUGGAAAUAUAAAACUGUAUGUGUUUGCUACAGAGACAGGAAGUCUCCCUGGUUUUUAAACCGUUUCACAACAGAGAUUUCCCAAGAAACCCAUCACCCAGGGUGGCCCUAAGCUGCAACAGGCAGUUUGCACUCCCAACUUAGUGACAGAGAGAUGGGUUAGAUGACCUUUCUAGGCCAUUUUAACCAUAAUGUCCAAGAUUCAGUGAUUUUGAUUCAGGCCUUUUUUGACCCACCUAAGCAAGGUGCAGGCAAGAAAUUCCUAUUUUCAACUUUCUCAAAGAACUAUGAAGUGUUCUAAUUUGUCACUGAUAUCGCUAAUAUCUUUGAAAAAUUUAUUGUUCUGGUCUUCAGAGCAGUAUCUUUUCCACUGAGAAUUAUAGAAUGGGAUUAAAAUGACUUUGAAAGAGGUGCUGCACUGAAGACAGGAUGAAGUGAAUUUAGAAACCUUCCAAUAGGCAUAUUAGCUGCAUGUGCUAGAUACAGCUUCCAUAGUUUAGACUCUCUUUUGUGUAUGACUAUAGGAAGGUAGCUGUUAAUGCAUUUUCCCUCUUCAGAUACCUCUUUUCUUUUCCUUGCUUAUGACAAGGCCCCUUGGAAGGUUGAAACCAAAAUAUGUUUCCAUAUCCAAAUGCUUUUUGCUUCAUCACACUGGCUUUUUUACUGCAAGUUUUGCUGGGGGAGAGUGGGAAGUGCAUGCAUGCAAUUGUGUUAAAGCAAGGAUGGCCUUUGUUGGUGAGAUUCUCAAUAGCACCUGUAAAGGGAUUGAGGAACGCAUGUCUCCCUAGUCUGGCACCAAGCAGUAGCUCAAUAGCUUUAUAUCAUAGCAUAGCUGUGAUCCCUCAGGAUACCCUUGUUUCUUAUAGUCAUGUAAGUAAAAGCAGGGCUGUAAACACCUGUGAUUUUAAGAUUCACUGGUCUUUUCAUUAUCGUGGAUCAUUAUUAAGUGCUCUGACUCUACCUUUUCAUGAUCAGGCUGAUGUUGAGGUCUCAGCUCAUUUUCUAUAAGAAGAUUACUCAUUAGUAGGACUCAGAUUUGUUGUUUGGGGUUUUUUUCCCCAAUAAAUUAUAUACAAAGGAAUCAGCUGGUAAAAUGACAAAAAAAAAAAAAAUCCGUAUCUGUGUCUUAGAGCAUUUUUUAUUUCUUUCCUUUGCUUCUGCAAAGCAGGAGAACAGUGUUGAAUUGCCAUCUUUAAAUAGGAAGUCCUUUAGA